AGGAUGGUAGCACUGAAAAUGACUGCGAGAAAUCAUGCGUUGUCACGGUUCGCCCCGACGUAUAUUAUAAAUUAUUGCCGAGCUAUAUGUAAUAUAUGAUCAUGUGGAUGUUAUUUAUUAGAGCGUCGUAAUUAUCGAGAGGCGUGACGGAAAAGUAGGGAAAAGCUUCUUUCAGGAGUUUGCCAUCCCGCGCGCGUAAUUUUUGCGUGAUUGCAACGCGCAAUACGGAAGGCAAUUGAUAUAUCUGCUUAUCAUUCGAAAUGCCGAUUGACAUCGUCGCGGUCGCGUACACCGCCAUGGUGGCCGGCGGCGGGGUGCUAGGUUACGUGAAAUCAAAUUCCAUCCCCUCGCUGGCCGCGGGUCUUUUCUUCGGAUCGGUCCUGGGCUACGGUGUCUAUCAGACCUCCCAGGAUCCGAACAACAUUGCGGUUUUCCUAGGGAGCAGUACAGUCCUCGGAAGUGUGAUGGCAUAUCGAUUUUACAACACCGGAAAGAUAAUGCCAGCUGGAGUAAUCGCAAUACUGAGUGCUAUCAUGGUCGUGAGGACAAUCACGAAAUACUUCUCACCAACAACAGUGCGUCCCUUGAAGACUGAAUGAACCGUUUACCAUCAAGCAUUAGAGAUAUUGCAUUUAUUUAUAAUUUUAAUGUUGUCGGUGCAAGGCAUGGGGCAGGAAAGGGCGAGAGACAAGUGUAAUCAAAGGAUUUAUAGGAAUUGAUGAUAUUUGAACAAAAUAUAUCUUUUUUUCUUCUA